AUGACAACAUUUACACCUAGAAUGACAUCUGCUUUGGUAGAUACACUUCCACCACUUCCACCUUCAACUUCUCAAAAUAUACCUCUACAAGUCAGUUCUAAUGAAAUGUGUUCUGUUCAUGUGGAAUUGGAGAAAUCAUAUUUUGUCAAUGGUGAAACAAUCAAUGGUACCGUUCAUUUGACUCUUUAUCAGAGACAGUUUUUGCAUACCAUACAGAUACAUCUGGGUGGUUUCGAAAAGAUCUAUAUUCAAUCGAUGCUCAACAGUGACCAACACAACCAUCUGAAUCUACAUAACAACAAUCAUAUUAUACCGUUUUACUCAGAGUCACGUCUUAUAUUCCCAUCAUCACCACAACAACAACAAGCCAACACUUCUCAUGCCGACGUCGGCAUACCGGCAACCUCAUCAACAACAUCCACCUCCUAUUCACCAACUGGAUCUGCUUCCAAGUUAUCUGCACCUCUAGGUUCAUCAUCUUCAUCGAUUCCAUCAUCAUCUUCAUCUUCAUCAUCUUCGUCAAAUAACAAUUUACCAAAUGGUAGUAAUAAUAGUAAUAGUAAUAAUCCACAUACUGCAUAUAGAUAUACUGCUCCAACAACUACAACCAGUACGAAUGGCGGUGGAGGAAGUGGAGGCGGUGGCGGCGGUGGUGGAGGUAGUGGCGGUCUAAGUAGUAGCCAGACUAUUAUGAGUCCAGUGCUGCUGCGUUCUAAUGACGCCAAGGAGCUGGAGCCGGGAACCUAUCACUAUUCUUUCAGUAUCCAACUGCCGCGCUAUUUGGCACCCUCGCUAAACUACAUCGACUUCCUCUCGAUCUUUUACAUUGCAAAGUGUGUGAUUGAAUACUCAAAGGGUCGCGAAUGGCAAGAGACCUCGAUUGCGCGUUCCACAGAGUUCUUUGUGCACGGUGUUGGCAACUCACAGCUGACGCGUCUCAUGAUGCAGCGACGAUUUGUAGACGCGCGUGUUUCUCGCUUCCUCUGGACCAACAAGUCACGUCCCAUCGAAAUGGCGAUCUUCCUCAUGCUGCCUGGUUCUGCCAACAAGCAGCCGUUGGCAUCGACCAAGAUGUUGACCGCCAACUUUGACAUUCGAAACAGUCGCGUCAAAGACAACGAUGUCUCAUCCGCUCAAUUCCAAGUGACCAUUCCGCAGAUGGUUGGCGACGACGUUGUCUAUCCGUCGACGCGCGGAUGCAUCUCACGUAUCAAACACUACUUUAAGGUAUCGAUUCCAUCGGUAAAGGUUGAAACCAUUAUCAAAUUCAAUUUGCACGGUCGACUGGUCGGCGAAGAGCAGAUGUUGUCGCCGCGCGCAUCGCAACCCAUCGACUGGCAAGUCAGCUGGAUGCCAACCUGGGUCAAGCAAGAAGACAAGUCUGUCAAGUGCACACUGUGUGCCGAGCAAUUCAACAUCAUCAUUCGUAAGCACCAUUGUCGCUCCUGUGGCAAUGUAUUCUGUGGCAAGUGCGCAUCCAGCAAACUCUACCUGAAAAAGUUUGGUGUCAACGAGCGUGUUCGUGUCUGUGCACUCUGCCACGACGAUAUUGUCGCAGCCGAAGAGCGUGACGAACUCAACACACCAAAGAAGCGAUAUCAACCACAUCUCGUCGAGUACAACAAGAGCAGCAACGGUAGUAACUCGAGUAGCAGCAACAGCAGUCAGAGCAACAGUUUAAAUAAUAGUACAGAUUAA